AUGCUCCGAUUCUUGAAAUCUUGCCUCGGAGUGGGCACAACAAGGCAACAGGGCGAUUCAUCGCACGCAAAUCAAGAGCAGUCAGAUUUCGAUCUGAAGGACUACCGAUGUGUACCAACAGACUGCGAUACAGACACGAAGUCCUCUACCAGCACGUCGUCUCCCGGCACGUCAGUGCCAGCCUCCCCCGCCACGCAUCCAAAUCUCUCGGCUCCAGGAGGGCUUCCCCCUGGAUGCAUGGGACAGGAGCAUCAGACCGACCAAUUUGAGGGGACCAGCAGCACCAGCAACACAAGAACUACACUUGCCGAUGACAACGCCAUCAUCAACGAGCAAACGUCCCAGACAACAAGCAGCAACCAAAGGAAACAAUCGAUGCUGGUGUCACAGCUUGAUGAGUUUGAAACAGACAACUGCAAGCUCGAGGCAAGCUCGUCGCAUUCUGGGACCCAGGACGACAUGCAACUUCCUGUCCCACUCAUGGAGCCUCAAGUGUAUGAUGAUGCUAAUCAUCAUCAUCAUCAUCCAGCCUCAGGUGGAGCCCCCCCUCUGGCGGUCUCCCCCCCACCCUCCCUUGUCUCUCUGGAGCUAGGCGAUACAGAGCAGUCUGAAAUAUGUACGCAAUCUCAGAACCGUCUCUUGCCAGACUCAGUCGCGCCAAGCCCGUCCUUGCCGGCCUCUCCCGCCACAUUUCUGGACGCCUCGCCUCCUCCUGCCUCUUCUGCAAUCUCUGCGGGUACCGGGUGGCCUGACUCGAGACAUGAUGUGCAACAGGAGCACCAGGACCACCAACUCGAUGGGUCGCCCCUUGAUCAGCCCGAUGGCAGUGAGAGCAGCAGCCACGACGUCGUCACUGCGCAAGGAAUCACGGCAGGCAGUGCGGAGGCAGCGAGGACGGGUGCUCAAGCAUCGCAGUCGAAGCGGAAGAGGAGGUUGUCGUCGGUGGAAUCUCUUCUUGCGUUCGAUCACGCAGGGCCGAAGACGCUUUGCCAGACUGAAACUCGUAUCAGAACACCCACAAAGCUGCUCACAGUCAGUUGGACGGAUGGACGCAAGCAGCAGCGCACAUGCUCGUCGACAUGCACAUCAGCAUCUACCUUGGAGCAGCACAGGUACUCGCAGGUGCCGAAGGCCCCAAGGGCAACAGAAGAAGUCUCGAGAAGGCUACUUUGGGAGGAUGACGAUCGCAACACCGAGCACAGCGUUCCGUCUGAAAUAUGGAGCCCGUCCUUGCCGGCCUCUCCCGCCACAUUUCCGGACGCCUCGCCUCCUCCUGCCUCUUCUGCAAUCUCUGCGGGUACCGGGUGGCCUGACUCGAGACAUGAUGUGCGACAGGAGCACCAGGGUCACCAACUCGAUGGGUCGCCCCUUGAUCAGCCCGAUGGCAGCGAGAGCAGCAGCCACGACGUCGUCACUGCGCAAGGAAUCACGGCAGGAAGUGCGGAGGCAGCAAGGACGGGUGCUCAAGCAUCGCAGUCGAAGCGGAAGAGGAGGUUGUCGUCGGUGGAAUCUCUUCUUGCGUUCGAUCACCCGGGGCCGAAGAUGGUUGAUACAAGUUGCGAGAAUGAAGCUCGUACAAGGACGCCACCGUCCUUGUUUCAGCGAUGA